CAGGAUCUCCAAACGUGGGUGAAUGGUGCUAACGAAAAUGGCUUUGUCCUCGUCUCAUUUGGAGCUGGAGUGAAAUACCUGUCAGAAGAUAUAGCAAAUAAGUUAGCACAUGCUCUGGCGAGGCUGCCUCAGAGAGUUAUUUGGAGGUUUUCAGGAAAAAAACCAAGGAAUUUAGGCAACAAUACAAAGCUUAUAGAAUGGUUACCACAAAAUGAUCUCCUUGGUCACUCUAACAUUAAAGCUUUUCUUAGUCACGGAGGUUUGAACAGCAUUUUUGAAACCAUGUACCAUGGGGUCCCGGUGGUGGGCAUUCCCCUUUUUGGAGACCAUUAUGAUACUAUGACUCGUGUGCAGGCCAAAGGCAUGGGAAUAUUGUUGAACUGGAAGACUGUCACUGAGAGUGAAUUGUAUGAAGCCCUAGUAAAAGUUAUUAAUGACCCCAGCUACCGGGAGCGGGCUCAGAGGCUGUCUGAGAUUCACAAAGACCAACCUGGUCAUCCUGUUAACCGCACUGUAUACUGGAUUAAUUACAUCCUCCGUCACAACGGAGCCCAACAUCUACGUGCUGCUGUUUACAGCAUCUCUUUAUAUCAGUAUUUCUUACUGGAUAUUGCCUUUGUUGUACUAGUGGGUGCUGCCUUACUUUAUUAUAUUUUGGCUAGGAUAACAAAAUUUAUCCGCAAACAAAGCAAACAUCUUUGGUCAAAUGAGGAACAUAGCACUGUUAAUGGACAUUGCCAGAAUGGGAUACCAAAUGGCAAGUAUAGAAGAAAUGGCCACAUUAAGCAUGAAAAAAAGGUGAAAUGAGCCAACUGCCCCAUGUAAAGUAGUAAUGAAUCAGAUCAGUAAUCAAAUUUUAUCGCUGUAACUUAGUCUAACAACUACUUAAAACCUCAAUAAGCAGUUCUAACACUCCCCUUCAGUAUGUAAUAUUAUGUGACAAAAUUCUACAGAACUAAGAAGUCUUUAAGAAAAAAAAAAGGCAAGCACAAACUGAAAUGGAAAAUAUUUUAUUCUUAAUACUGAUGCAGAGAAGUUAUUUUGGCACUGAAGUUUUUAGGAGCCUUAAUUCUCUAAAGUUAUACUAUGACUGUAUUUAUGAAUUUUUGGUUUUUAAAAGCUAAAUGUGUGUCCCCAUGAGGAAAGGUUUCUUUUUAUUUGAAGAAGGUUUUUUUUCCUUUUAUUUUUUUAUUAUUUUAAUAUAUCCAUCUUUUAGCUGAGAGAACUUUAGUGCUAGCUCUGGGUUUCCUUUGUUGAAGGUUCAACAUGUUGUGUAAGAAUGCUGUUUAAAAAAAAAAAAAAAUUUCCCAGUCUUUGUGCAAGAAAUGGCAAGUUGUGGACUGAGAACACAGACAUUAAAAAAAAAAAUUAAAUCAUAAAGUGAGCACUGAAGUAAAAUAGCAAAAAUAUGUACAUGUUUUACUGAUAAGCUGCAUGGCUUCUGCUCACUACCAG